GUGCCACCACAUUUUAAACGCAGACCAUCCCUGCCUCUGCUUCCUCACCCCACUUCCCCACCCACUCCCCCGCCACGGCCUGUUGACCUCUCCACUCCCUCCUAACUGUGGCCUGGCUCCCACCCUCCGAGUCUGCAGGGCCCAGUCUCAUCCAUGGCACCCGGGGACGUCCAUGCGGCAAGUCCCCUGGAGGAUGUGAAUCUGAGCUCCCUGCAAGAUUGCCAGGCUAUGCUGGUUCUGAUAUUGCCAAGGUAACCAACAGUCACAGAACACAGAUUAUGACCUACUUAGGCCCUUCACCACAGAGACUCGGGAGCCGAAGAAUCUCUCACAUCUCCCAUGUUUGCUUGGGAGUUGGCAGCAAAUCUUCUCCCCAAAUCAUUUAUUUUCCCCUUUGGAAGGUGAUGAAGACUUCACAUACCCAGUUCCAUGGCAGCCUCCUCCCCUAACAGAGACUCAGCUGACACAGGGGACUGCAGUUCCAAGGCCAAAUUCACCUUGAGUCCUUCUGAGGGCUGUUCUUCUUGUGAGGAUGACUCUUCCUGUGAGGAUAGAACCCUUCGCAAAGACAUACCUUCCACCUUGUGUUCUUCAGACAACCAAGUCCCUCGUCUCUGGGACAUGUCAGGGACUGAUGGAGUAAAGGAUCAGAUAAUUCAACACGACCAGGUUCAAGGCGACCCCCAGCAGUUUGGCAAACAAGGCUUCGCUAUGGCCUGGGCUAAUGAUGAUGGCCUUGAAGAAUCAACUAACAAUGAAAAUCAAAACAGCCACAAAGGAAAUCAGACAAAUUACGAAGACCAUGUCUCAGAUGUCUUCGAACCUACUCCAGUAGAGGACUUCAGACUGUGCAACUGCUCCUCUUCACCCAUGGCUCAGGUCAGGCAUCAGGAACACUCACUCAUGUGCUCCUCACCAGAGGAGGGAGGCAGCCCCGUCCCAGAGAUGCCCCCGAUGCCCAGGGGUCGGUACUGUGCCAAGUUGGCAAGUAAGACGACCAGAAGCCAAGAGUCGGGAGUCACAGGGACCUCCCGGACCUCCUGGGCGCAGCCAGAGGACGAGGACGCUUGUUUCAACAUGCAGAGCUGUCUGAAAAUGGGCCAGAUGUUCCGCUGGCUGCAGAGGAAGAUCCGUGCAGCCCUGCGUAGAAGAGAGGACCCUGAGAAGGCCACCAAGAGCUACAGGUACCAGGCACUGAGAAGACUCCGUCUUAGAAACAAUAGGAUUGAACCUGAAGAAGCCCUUGGUUAGGUCAACCCUCCAUCCUCAGGUUUUUAAAAUUUCUUCCUCUCCCCUAUUUCACAACAGGUUCAUUUUUUCUGAAUAAAACA